AUGACCUCAAACGACGCCGCGCUCUACGGCAUCCAACGCCCCAAAAACGGCCCCAGCCAAAAAGACAUCACCUCUUCUUCCACCCUAGCCUUUACCUCGCACCUAUCUUCCCUCAUAUCCAAAGACGCCGCCUUUCGACCAUCCUCCUCUAAAUCUACCAAAGACGACAACUACAAACUCGCACGAGGCCGCGCCCGCCCAUCCAAAGGCGGCAAACCAGAUCUAUUCGCCGUGCACAACAAGGGAGCCCUCAAACGCGCCGCAAAAGACGAAGCAACCGGUGAAGAAUACGAUGCGCACGGCAACAAGAAUUCGAGGCAGUUGCAUCAAAGCAGCGACACUAUCGGUACGGUCGAUGCAUUUACACUACAAAAAUCGAAAAGGCGCAUGCAAGAAAAGGCGGAUUUGUAUGAGAAUUUGAGAAAAGGGCAUCAUUUCGCGGGUGGGAGUAGUUCGGAUGAAGAUGCUGAAGGUGGUGGUGGAGAUGAAUACACGUCACGACUGAGACGGAAGGAGAGAAAUGCGCUUGUCGAUUUUGAUCGGAAAUGGGCGGAGGAUGAAGAGAAGGACGCGGAUAUGCAGCAAGAAGAAGAUGGAGAUGACGGGGUUGGACCACUAGUCGAUUACGAGGACGAAUUCGGGCGUUCGCGACGUGGGACAAGAGCAGAAGCAGCACAGGCAGCGCGAUUCAGACGGCAGACGCAAGACGCUGCAACGGUCGAGGAAGAAGAUCGCUCACGACCAUCGCGGCCCUCGAAUUUAAUAUAUGGCGAAACUGUGCAAGCGCAUGCAUUCAAUCCGGAUGCUGCUAUAGCGUCGCAGAUGGCAUAUUUGGCGUCUAAGCGAGAUCGAUCUGCGACUCCGCCUGAGAGUCUGCACUACGACGCCGAGGCUGAAGUGCGGACGCGCGGGACGGGGUUCUACAAAUUCUCUAAAGAUGCGAAGGAGAGGGAGCAGGAGAUGCAUGAUCUGCUUAAUGUUCGACGCGAAACAGAAAAGGAAAGAGAAGAGCGUGGUCAACGAAAAGCAGAACGGGAUCGUAUAAAGGAUGAGAGGAGAGCGAAGAUUAGGGAAUUAAGAGGAAAACGCCAGGCAGAUCAAUUUUUGGAGGGGCUGGGAGUUCCUGUAUAG